AUUGGUUGUUUGAUUGCGAACGGUCAACAGAUUGUGGCGGUUGGGCGAUAGACUUGGGGUGAUUUAUCGAUAUGAAAUAAAAUUCCCACAUUAUUACCCUGCCUGUGACAUAAUUCCUAAACAAAAGAAUUGAUGGACAAUUAAUAUAUAUUUUUUGUAUUAAAUUGUCAUGAAGCUGCACUGGCAGACGAUCAGCAGAGGUCUGCGACAAAAUUGGCGUAACCAGAGCAAUGCUGCAGCCUCUGCUGCGACAGUGAGUGCUGGAAACCCCGUUACUACUGAUCCACAAGCAGCAACAACAAACAAAUCCGGCGCACGUGAAACAUUUGUGGAACGUAUUGUACGUGGACCAGGUCUAAAGGACUUUUUUAGUGUGAAAACCAAGCAAAAGCUGAAUGUAAAAGACGAUUACAAUGCUGCAGAGAGUAAUAUACCAUAUUUGAAUUCAAUAGACUACGAUGGCCAUGGAAGGAAGGUGCACUUCGAGGUAUACGGCUGUCAGAUGAACACAAACGACACGGAGGUGGUGUGGAGCAUAUUGCAGGAGCAUGGUUACCAGCGCAGUCAGGACAUUGACAAUGCCGAUGUCAUAAUGCUGGUGACCUGUGCCGUGCGUGAUGGUGCCGAGCAGAAGAUCUGGAAUCGCCUGAAACACCUGCGAGCAUUGAAGGAGAGACGGGGAGGCAAAAGGCAACCGCUUCAAUUGACACUACUGGGCUGCAUGGCGGAGCGAUUGAAGGAGAAACUCCUCGACCAGGAGCAAUGUGUGGACGUCAUUGCGGGACCCGAUAGUUAUAAGGAUCUACCCAGACUGUUGGCCGUUGCCCGACACUAUGGCAACUCGGCGAUCAAUGUGCUGCUCUCCCUAGACGAAACCUAUGCGGAUGUCAUGCCGGUGCGACUAAACUCGGAUUCCCCAACAGCCUUUGUGUCUAUUAUGCGCGGCUGUGACAACAUGUGCUCCUACUGCAUUGUACCCUUUACAAGAGGUCGCGAGCGUUCCCGUCCUCUCGAGUCCAUUGUACGUGAAGUCCAGACACUGCAAGAGCAGGGCGUCAAGGAGGUGACGCUGCUGGGCCAAAACGUAAACUCAUAUAGAGACAGAAGCACCUCCGAACAGGCAUCCCAAGCAGUGGGUAGCAUGGCGACAGGAUUUCGCACGGUUUAUAAGCCCAAAACGGGUGGACUGCCCUUCUCAGUGCUGAUGCAGAGCGUGGCUGAAGCUGUGCCAGAAAUGCGCAUACGUUUCACAUCGCCACAUCCCAAGGACUUCUCCGACGAGGUACUGCACAUCAUCAGGGACUAUCCCAAUGUCUGCAAGCAACUGCAUCUGCCCGCUCAAUCGGGUAGCACGGCGGUGCUAUCCAGGAUGCGACGUGGUUACACCAGAGAAGCUUACUUGCACCUUGUGACGCACAUUCGCCAAAUACUGCCGGAUGUCGGUCUGUCCAGUGACUUCAUUUGCGGCUUUUGCGGUGAAACGGAGCAGGAGUUCGAGGAUACCAUCUCACUGAUCAACAGUGUUCGUUAUAAUGUGGCCUUUCUGUUCGCCUACAGCAUGCGCGAGAAGACCACAGCCCACAGACGCUAUGUGGACGAUGUUCCUGCCGCCGUCAAGACUGCUCGGCUGACUCGAAUGGUGCAUGCUUUCCGAGAAGGCGCCACGCAGUUGCACAAACGCUUCGAGGGCCAGGAGCAGCUCAUCUUAAUCGAGGGCAAAAGUAAGCGAUCCGAUAGCCAUUGGUUUGGACGCAAUGAUGCCAACAUAAAGGUCAUUGUUCCUGUCGCCUCUUUGACCACGGCACAGAGCAGUGAGCAUAUGAAGGACAUUAAUGUGGGUGACUUUGUGGUCGCUCGCAUUGUGGAAUCCAACUCACAGGUUCUCAAGGGGAAGCCACUGCAUCACAGCAGCAUUGGCGAUUAUCAUAGGAUCAAUAAAAGUUGACUUACUGAAUAAAUGUGAUUAGACAGUUUUAUUUAAA